AUGCUUGAAGGUUGGCCGCGCGUGCUUGCGCUGCUGCGGCUGGCGUUCCGCCUAAAGCUGGAUGACGGAGGGGCAGAAUAUCCAAGAGAAAAAUGGACGUCUCAACGCAUCCGGGCGUGCCAAGAAGCGCACAAGACCAGGAGGCUGCUUCGAGAGAUUGAUAACGAGCGACUGGUCCCGAAACACUGGACUGGACUGGACUCUGUCUCCGGUCAACAGGGAGAGAGGAGAAGAGAAGAGAAGGUUGAAGUUUCGAGCCAAGGGCACAAGCAAGGCAAGGCGUUGGCGGGCUGGACGAGUUCGGUUCGGGCGCUCUGGAGUCGCUACAGGCGCCGCAUCAUCAUCCGACCUGCAGGAUCAGCCCAAGACAGCGAAGAGAUUGAAGAGGCAGAAGUCUAA